GGCCCCGCCCCCGUGCCCCUCCCCGUGCUCCUUCUCUUUCUAGGCAGCUAGAUUCAGUCCUCGGGAGUCGAGGUUUGGCGCAUGCUGAGCUGCUGCCUCCGCCUCCGCCUCCGCGUCUCCGGGCCCGGCCUCGCACUCCCGCUGCCCUUCCUGCUGCAGCCGCCUCGGGCCCCGGGUCCGAGCGUCCGCCGCCUGCUCCCCCCAACCUUUGACUUCGGCUUCCGCCCGCGUAGCCUCAUGAAGCCGUUCGUCGUGUUCGUGCUGGGCGGGCCCGGCGCUGGCAAGGGCACGCAGUGCUCCCGCAUUGUGCAGAAAUAUGGCUAUACACACCUUUCUGCAGGAGAUCUUCUUCGUGAUGAGAGGAGUAAGCCAAAUUCUCAGUAUGGUGAGCUCAUUGAAAAGUACAUAAGAGAAGGACAGAUUGUGCCAGUUGAGAUAACCAUCAGCUUGCUGAAAAGGGAAAUGGAUCGAAUAAUGGAGGCCAGCGCUCAGAAGAAUAAAUUCUUGAUUGAUGGGUUUCCUCGAAAUGAGGAUAACCUUCAAGGCUGGAACAAGACCAUGGAUGGGAAAGCAGAUGUAGCUUUCAUUCUGUUUUUUGACUGUGAUAAUGAGAUCUGCAUUGAGCGCUGUCUCGAGAGGGGCAAGAGCAGCGGGAGGAGUGAUGACAACCGGGAAAGCCUAGCAAAGAGAAUUCAGACCUAUCUGCAGUACACUAAGCCUAUUAUUGACCUUUAUGAGGAGAUGGGGAAAGUCAGGAAGGUGGAUGCCUCUAAGUCCGUUGAUCAGGUGUUUGAAGAUGUCUUGAAAAUCUUUGACAAAGAAGGCUAAUUUCUCUCCAUAAAUCGUGCUCGCUUUGAUAGCUGCUACUUCAGUCUACCCUUUGUUUAAUGAAGUUUUUUAAUCUUUUUGUCAUUAUGUCUCGAUGGAUGACUGGAAAAUAGAUAGUAAUUAAGUGAAAAAAAUUUUUUUACAGCAGUCAUUUUAUAUGACUCCAGUAGACAGUCACUUCAGGGUCCUGCUUAGUAUUAGUGAAGGCUUUCACCCAGCGAAGAAGGCCCUCCUCUCCCCUCCUGCUCGUGCCUUCUGGAGCCAAGCUUGCCACCCACUCCGGAGCGACAGGAUGGUCCCCAAUUGCUUUCCCAAGCAACCAGUUAAAAAGCAGUCACCACCUGCUAUGUGGAUCCAUGGACCAAAUGUCAGGAAUCUUGUCAUGAAGUCGCUGUUUGCAUUUUUUUUUUUUGGUAAAUGAAA